AUGCUAGAGAAGGGAGUAAAUUCAGAUUAUCACAGUGCGCCGGUGCAGCCGAUAUCAGGACCGAAGCCCCCGAAGCCCCGGCCUGCCAGUUCAGAGCACCUUCACCCGGAGCCUCUGGUGGAAUGCGUGGUAUUGCAUCAACCGCCAACACACACACUGGACGUCAUUUUUGUACACGGAUUAUAUGGAUCAUUAGCUAAUACAUGGCGACAAGGAGAAUGGAGGGUAAAUUAUAAAAGUGACCCUAUCAAAGUAUCCCUACGUCGUCCCCAUUCUAUACCCACAGCUUGCGCUUGCAAAUGGGACAGAGACGAAUCAAUCGACUGUCAAUGCGAUUACCUAAACGAAUCUAAAUCGAAUAAAAUCGAUUACGAUAAUAUCGAUGCCGAUGCGAUUUAUGAAAAAUAUCGUAAAGUUUUACCGAAAGACGAUUUAUUUAUAACGGAGAAAUUCUACAAUAAUACAUUACUCGAUAAAGUUGACAAUUUCGAUACGCAAGCGAGUUUCGUUCGAGAUUUCUUUGAGAAUUGCGAAAGUGAGGUUAGGAAAGCGAAUUGUCAAUGUCAGAGUGACAGAUGUCUAGGAUGUGGUUGUACUUGUGAUGUCUGUUAUUCCCCCUGCUGGCCACGGGAUUGGAUUAAAAUCGAUUACCCUGGAGCCAGGGUGAUAUCAAUAAAUUACACGAGCGAUCCCUAUUUAUGGAGGCCGUUAUGGAUUAAAGAAAGCAAGCGUCAAAGGCUUCACGAAAGAGCAGAACAAAUGAUGUCUCAACUCCUAGCUUUAGGCGUUGGGGAGAAACCUAUCAUUUGGGUAGGUCAUUCUAAAGGUGGCCUAUUUAUUAAAGAAAUAUACUGUAAAGCAUACGAAGCGUAUUUAAAAAUCAACAAAACGAACGGAAACGAAGAUAUAACAGACGAAACUACAGAAAACAACAUACAGGAUGUUCUAAAUGGAAACAUUGAGAGAGAAAUGGAAAAUAAUAAUAAUACUAAAGAAAUUGACGCUAACGAAGCAAAAUUGACCAAUUUAAUUAACUAUGUGUUUAGAAUACAAAGUAAAGAUAUAUAUAAUAAACUACAAACAAUAAGAAUUGACGAACAAACAGAAAAUAAAACAAUAAUUGGGGAAAACGUUAAAAAUGAAACCAAAGAAAUAAAUUACGUGUCUUCUAUUGAUAAAGAAGAUCAAGAGGUACAGAGAGCCAACUUGUGGCGGAACAGUGCUGGCUUCAUGUUCUACUCUGUGCCACAUCGCGGCUCUCCUCUCGCUGAUAUUAAAACUCCGAUAACAGCUAGGAGUAUAGAAUUAUUAGAAAUAUGCAAAGAAUGUUCUCUAGUAAUGAAUUUACAAGAACGUUGGUUGAAAGCGACGGAGUUUUCGAAGCCAGCAGUUAACAGUUUGGUAGAAACGUGUAAAACUCUGAUGUCUUUACUCUGGCUGAGGAUUGUCAGUGUGGAUUCCGCUGAUCCAGGUAUCGGAGCUUUAUCCGGCGUGUCCGUAGACCACAGGGAGAUCUGCAAACCUUCAAGCAGAAAAUGUCUAUUGUACCGAGAACUGAAGAUUUUGAUACAAAACGCUCUUCAAAAUAAAAAAAAAACAUAUCACAAUAAAAACGAAUAAAAACUAACCCGUAGUUUCAAUACUACUGAUAAAAUAAAUUUAACGUAUUUUAAAGAGAAGUUAUAAACAGAAAGAGACUAGUUUUCGCCCGUGAUUCCGUUGUUGAUUAAGACAUACUAUUCUUACAGACACUUGAAAUCUAUACAUAAAAUAAUUUUUUUAGGAGGAGGCCUAAUUUAAGUCUCUUUCUCUCUACCACCCUUUUAAUAAGAGGAUGGGAAAGGAAGUGGACUUGACGGUGGAGAUGCAUAGGAAGGGGCAAUAUCCUCUUUUUUGUGUCUUCUCCGUCAGUAGGCAACGCAUCUGCGAU